AUAACCAAUCUCACUCAAUGAAGUUAUUGUGUUCGGGAGAACAAUAGAGAGCUUCAAAAGUUGGUUUGAUUCCAAGGACAGAAAUGAUUUACUUUGAUUCUUCCUUCAAACAGUGAUGAUCUGAAGAGAAAAAUUAACAAAUAAUUAGGAAACCAGUUUGAUAUUUGACAACAUUUGCUUGAUAACAGAAAUAUCAAUAUUACAAUGGCUGAACAAAUAGACUUUUCAUCAAUCAAAUUGGUUGAAUCUGUUAUUAAUGAUGAAAUUCGUGACAAGUGUCGACAAUUGUGCAGUGAGUUCAUUGCUGGACCAUGGAAGGAUCUAACGCUGGAUGAAAUUACUGUAACACCAAUCGAAGAUGGACUUAGUAACCGCAUCUAUGCUUGUACUAAUUUGAAAUUAACCUCAUCCAAGCAAUCAGGAUUAAAUGCUAAUAUUCCUGCCAAAGUGGUAGUUCGCUUGCAUGGCAGUUCAUUUGUUGGCGAUCAAGGUGACAUGAUUGUUGUUUCAAUGGAUGCUUUACCCUUAAUCGGGGAAAAACUUUACCAGAAAGGAUUUGCCCCGAAAAUUUAUGGAGUUUUCAAAGAAGGCAGAAUUGAACAUUACAUCGAGGGCAUAAAAUUUCCUCCUGCAACAUGGCACAAUACUGAGAUAAUUGAUUGUAUAAUACGAAAAAUGGCUGAAAUCCAUCAGCUGGAAAUGCCAAUUUCAAAGGAUCCCUGUAGUGUGCUGAAAAUGGCUGAAAAAUUUUAUAACCUUGCCCAAGAAAACAAUUCAUUUUUGUCUGUUGAUUGCUAUGAACCAGAAUACAGGCCUAUGGUUCAGCAAUUAUUGGAAUAUGAUUCAAUUGGGACAGCCGAGUGGCUUCGAGAUAUGGCUCAAUACAUUAAAUCACCAACAGUAUUCUGUCAUAAUGAUUUACAUUUUGGAAAUAUUUUAGAUCGACAAAAUUCUGAUUCUUUAGAUAAAAGGAUUAUGAUAAUUGACUAUGAUAACUGUAGCUACGGAUUUCGUAGCUAUGAUUUAGCUUUCUUCUUUUACGCCAAAAGCUUCAUCCCUGGACGAGCCGAAACUUGGGCAGGCCAAACAAUAACCACCAGAGAAGAGAAAAAGCGAAUGCUCAAGGUUUAUCUCGAUCAUCUCAUUAAAAUUCGCGAUGGUGAUAUUGAUCCAGAGGUUGACAAUUUAGAGAACUUGGAAAGGGAAAUUGAUUUCGGAGAUAUACUUCUUCAAUUUGUUUUCAAAUCCGUAGGUCGAGGUAAAAUGAGUCCAGCACUAGCUCCAAUUUUUCACAUCAUGUCCGAUAAUAUUGAAAAACAAGAUGCAAAUGUAGCUGAGGCCAAAGAAAGAUGUGAACAGUACAAGCAAUCAAUAUUGUCUGGAACAGGAAAGAAGUCGAGUGAAUAAAAUUUCUAUUAUAUCUCGUUCGAUUGGUAAAUUAGCUUUAUAAUCAGACUCAUUAAAAUGUUUAUUGGUGCAUAAAAUUUCAACAAUAAAAAUUGCUAAGAGAUUUUUCUCGAUUGUUACU